AUGGAUGGACAGCAGAGCGUGUGCAUUCUCAUCACUCCGUACGGAGAACUGAAGAAUUAUGGGUUUGAUAAAAUGGAGAUUCAGGACAAUGGUGAGGGCAUCGAGGCUGUAGAUGUCCCUGUGACGGCACUGAAGUACACCUUGAAGAUCAACAGUCAUGAAGACCUUAAAAAUCUGACAACCUGUGGUUUUCCUGGUGAAGCCUUGGGGUCGAUAUGCAAUGCUGCAGAAGUGGUAGUUACAGCAAGUGCAGCUGCUGGUGACUUUAGCACCCAGUAUGUUUUAGAUGGCACUGGCCACAUACUUUCUCAGAACCCUUCACAUCUUGGUCAAGGUACAACUGUAACUGCUCUAAAGAAUCUACUUGUAAGAAAACAAUUUUAUUCAACAGCAAAAAAGUGUAAAGAUGAGCUAAAAGAAAUGGACAGGAUCUUCUCAUAAGCUACAGCUGAAACCUGACAUAAGGAUUAUUUUGUACAUACUAAGGCAGUUAUUUGGCAGAAAAGUAGAGUUCCAGACCACAGGAUGGCUCUAAUGUGGUUCUGGGAUCUGCUGUAACAGGCAAUGGAACCUGUCGAGCAGACUGUGAAUAAGCUCAGGUAUGAGGAAAAGGUUGAAAGACUUGGAACAAUAUAAUAAGCAAAUGAAGAAAGCUAUUGGACAGGAAACACAAGUAUCAUUAAAUGACAGUAGGAAAAAGAUAAAAGUCACUGGUGUGUGGGGCUGGACAUGGAGACAUAAAGUGACUCAUCUAACCAGCUGAAACUUGACGAGCUCUUUCAGUCCCAGAAUGAAAAUAUGAGUGAACAUAUUAAAAUAACAGAGAUCCCCUUGUCUAUGGAAAACUUAAAAGUGAACUUUAAGAACAAAAAGAAGUUGAUUUAGAGGAGAAGGAUGAGAUUUGCCUGAUCCACAUUCUCAAGUUUCCUGAUGCAUGGCUGGUCACAUCCAGAGCAAAUGCCAUGCUACUGAACCCGUACAGAGUGGAGGAAGCCCUGCUAUUUAAAAGACUUCUUGAGAAUCAUAAAUUCCUUGCAGAACCACUGGAAAAGCCUUUUUAAUGGACAUCAUUAUUUAGAGGUUUUACAUAAAAUGUCAAAAGUUUAGGAAAGACGCAAUGGAUCAGCUUACCUGUGUGACCCUCGUCUUCCGGAAAAUGGCUUCAAGAUCAGGUUGACACCAGGAGUUUCCAGUACUGAGAACUCCUUGGAAAUAGAAGGCAUAGCUAAGUGUCUCCCAUUCUAUGGAAUAAUGGACUUAAAGGAAAUUCUUUCUGGAGCUGGGGACCGAACCCAGGGCCGUGUGCUUGCUAGGCAAGUGCUCUACCACUGAGCUAAAUCCCCAACCAAGGAAAUUCUUAAUGCUAUAGUAAACAAAGUGCAAAGGAGAUUUAUGAAUGUAGGCCUUGAAAAGUGAUAAAUUAUCUGGAGGGAGAAGCUGUCCAUCUAUCCAGACAGCUACCCACAUACUUACCACAAGAGGAUGUCCAAGAUCUUAUCUAUAGGAUGAAGCACCAGUUCAGAAAAGAAAUUAAAGGGUGUGUUCAUGGUGGUCCAUUUUUUUAAUCAUUCCAUCCAUCUUCUAGGAACUUCAUGAUUAAGUUUAUGACCAUUAGUUACUAUGGAAAUUGAUGUGGUUCUUAAGCCACUUUUGUACUAUCAUGUAUCAAAGUGAUUAUUUUUAUACUGGAAAAGAUUUUUUAAGGUUGUAAAAUAUAAAUAAUGUGGACUAUAAAAAAAGCAAGAGUGACACUUGGGAUGUAUACAUCAUAUUUUUCUUGGAUUAAUAAAAACACUUCUUCAAAUAUCAACUCUCUGUGGAAAGAACAGUGCAUAGAGUCAUCACUUAAAAAGUUCUGGAAGUUGUACAGCACAAACACGCGUGAUAUUUACUAGCUUCCAUGCCCUUUCUGGAGACUGUGCAGCACAAAUACAUGCCAAUGCUUACUACCUUCUAAGCCCUCAUCUGAAACAUCACCCCCUCAGUAAAAAAAGAAGGCAGCUCACAUAUGAACUGACAUAAAUCCUUCCCACUGUUUCGUAACCAUAGCACAAACCCAUGUGUCUUAUAAAGCCUUCUAAUUCCUUUAUUUAUUUAUCUUUUGAUUUAUUUAUUUAUUUAUUUAUGUAUUUACUUUACAUCUUGAUCACGGAUUCUCCUCCCUCCUCUCCUCCCAGUCCCUCCCUCUCAUUUCCCCUCCCCCAUACCACCCUUCCUUUCUCCUCAGAGAAGGGGAGAUCUCCCAUGAAGAUCAACCAGCCUUGGUAUAUCAAGUUAUAAUAAAAUUAGGCACAUCUUCUCCUAUUGAGGCCACAUAAGGCAGCCCCAUAGGAGAAAAGGGGUUCAGAGACAGGCAUCAGAGUCAGAGACAGCCCCCUGCUCCAGUUGUUAAGGAUCCCACAUGAAGACCAAGAUGCACAUCUAUUACAUAUAGGUAAGGAGGCCAAUGUCUAUCCCAUGCAUGUUCUUGGAUUGGUGAUUCAGUUUCUGUGAGCCCCUGUGGACCCAGGUUAGUUGAUUCUGUAGGUUUUCCUAAAGUGUCCUUGGGCCUUCUGGGAAAUUAGAGAAGGGGACUAGUGAAGUUGAAGGUUUAAGUUGGGGGUACAGCAGAAUGAAGGUUGGGUAGUGCAUUAACCAAAUCUAUGGAUGUAUAAAACAGUCUUUAGAGACCCAGUAGUUUGUAGGCCAAUUUUUAAAAACAUUUAAAAUGGGAGUUUGAACAAAGCUAUCAUCAGUGGGUGGAUAAAGGUUUCACCCAGCAGACAUAGGCUAAUAAAUGAAAAUCUCAAUGCCAAGCACGGGAUACUUCCUAUGAGUUAUUGAUCAUGGUAUCCCCAGCCAACAAAACAACAUAUUGCUAUUCUUGGUUUCCUACCAAAACUAGAUAAUAAAACCAUAUUGAUGAAAAUAUUUGGUAAUAAGGCAUGGAAAAAUCAAGUUGGAACUGACCUGGAAAUGUCUCUCCUGUUGGCUAGAUUUCAUAGUACUAGAAGAUGCUACGUGUUCCUCUACAGGGCAGCAAAGUCUUCAGUGGACCUACCCAGUAUAUACUCUGCAUGCUACAACCUUGACCUGCCAGGCAAGAUGUAUCCACAGGUAGAAUAGUGGCAUGGCAUUACAGAGGUACCCAACCACUUUGGAUUUGAGCCCUGUCCACAGAAAAUUCAUACUUGGUACUAUAAACCCCAUCAAAACUCCAUAUCUGGAGGGGUCUCUGGGGCAAGGGAUCUCCUAAGACCCCAAGUGCUAAGUGAACAUGCCAAACUGCCUUUAAAAAUAUUGAUGUGUAUAACCAUACAUUAGUGCUGGUAUCUCCACUUUGGUCACAGAAGCUUCUUUUGCAGUAGCGGUCAAUGGAGAGGCUUAUAACUGGCUAAAGUCCUGAGACUGUUACAUGCUCAUCUCUAAAUGAUACAUCUAUGUUUUACAGAGGGGCUGGGCUUCUCAUCUGUGAUGUUAGCUUCUCCACCUCCUUUUGGAAUCAAAGCAGCUCCCUUUGACAGUAGUGUGCAAUAGGUACACAAACAUUUACUUAAUAAAGAGAUACCUUAAACUAAUCACCUCUUUGCUGGCUUUACUUCCUCACUACCAACUGUGUAAACCCCAACAUGCUUAUCUUUAUUUACUGAAAUUACUUUCUUCAUAGCAGUGUCAUGUUUUUAUUCUCAGUCUCUACACACAGCUCCAACACUAUUGACAAUAUGACUAGACUCCACAUUAGUAGAUGACCUUUAAUUUUAAGCCUCUACUUAAAUUACUAUGAAAUUGAAUAAAGAAGAGAUGAUCUUUAGUAUUUUAAAUCAGAUAGAACUUAAAUACUGUGCUCUUUCUAAACUUUCCCAGAUAUGAACUCAGGAAAGUCUCAUUUGUGCAAGAAAAUACUUCUGCAGAAAACAAAAAAAAAUAUUUUCAGGCAAGAUUAAAGUGAAAGCACAAAACCUUGUCCAUCAUAGGCUGCCACAUGACUUGCAAGUUGGCAACAGCUGGCAGAUUAAAUAAGCAGGAGUCACUGGGAAGGCUGACUCAUACUUUGAGAAUUCUUCUAUUUACUAUACCAUACCCUACCCUCUGUUAGUUUGACCUCAACUCUACUUCAGUCAAUAGCAGAUAUCCAACAAAUUAACCAUGAGCAAUAUAACAAAUGCCUAGCUAGUACUGGAGAGAUGGCUCAGCAGUUAAAAGCACUUGUUGCUCUUAUAGAGGACCCAGGUUUGGUUCCCAGAACCCAAGCGUUGGCUCACAACCAACCAUCCAUGACACUGUGAUCCAAUGCUCUCCUCUGGCCUCCAUAGAUACUAUUGAACACAUGGUGUGGUGCACAUACGUGCAAGCAAAACAUUUAUACACAUAAAAGAAAUCUUUCAUUUCUAACUAGUUUUAAAAAUGCCUAGAUGUGCCAGGAAGGUUUCUCUGUUUUGUUUCUGGGGGAGUGUAUAAAAGCCUGUGACUGCAUUGCUGCCUAAAGCUCUCUGAACUGCUCCUCAUUCUGAGGGGUUACCCUAUUAAAUUUAAUUUGUCUAAAGUUUUCCUAUCAAUUAGAACAGCAUUCCACUGAGAUAGCUUUAUAACAAUAAAAUAGCUUUUGGGUCCUUUUGUAAGUAGAACAUUAUUAAUAGUUAGGAGGUAGUGUUGAUGAAGUUAAAGCUUUUACUACUCUCUCUAACCCUUGUGUCCCUUCAUAGCAGCUGGGACAGCUGACACAGAAUUGGUGGGCUCAGCAUUCCAGCAGAGAUGGCGGUGAUAAGGCCCCACCUACUCCUCCUCUUCUUCCCACAUUACAGUCUCAAUGCUUGUUAUUCCAAAUCUGAAGGUCAUAUUUUAAUUUGUGUGUGUGUGUGUGUGUGUGUGUGUGUGUGUGUGUGUGUGUGUGUGUGUGUGUGUGUGUGCGCGCGCCCAAACAA